AUGCAUGUCCUAAACACUACUGAUAACUACACACCUCCUUCACCUGCUAUUCAAAUUGAUAUGCAACGAGUCUGUGGUGGAUUGAAACGGAUACGGAUGACUAGUCCACCAGAAACCAUCUCAGACACUCUUGAGCAAGACCAACUUGAAGCACUGCAUUCCGAGAAUAUCUCUACUACAACUACCAGAGUGAAUUUACCGACCAGGCUAUGGAUAUCCACUAGAGCGUCCCAGGAUGAGUUUACAGACUCGAUUCAUCCAGAAGAACUUGCUACAAUGGAAAACUAUGCUUCAAUGAAUAUGCAACUCAACCAACUACGACAGACUCGACUCUUGUCAAGAGGUUCUGACUCGAUGCAUGCCGCUUAUUCUCAGGAAUCUCCAGCACAACUUAUACAGCACAGUAUCCAGAUAGAUGGCCAGCAGAAUCUAGCCACACCUGAUUACUACAGAUCCAUCAAUGAGCAGCUUCAACAUUAUCAUCUAUUACGAACCUGUCAGCACUAG